GUGUUGGUCAUCAGGCAAAAAACGAGCUAGCGCGGGGCUCCUGCCCGGCUCUUCAAAAGUUGUCACGCGUGCCCAACCUCGCCUAUAGCGUAGCCGAGGCCAGCGCAAGCGCAGACGCGCCGGCGCGGCGCCAGACAGGGACAUCUGGGCCAAGGCUCUGAGGGAACAAAAGAUGUCCUGGCCCCUCCCGGAGGAUGAGGACGAGCGCAUGUCGACGCUGCGUUCAUUAGAACUGUAGGAAACCAGCGUCCUGUCGUGAAACGGCGCCCCCCCCCGGGAGACGCCGCCGGCGCGCCCGUCGACGCGCCCCGGCCACCCGUUAACCGCGCAGGCUCGACACGCCCCGCCACCAGGAAUUUGAGCGCAUCACGGCGCUCUGCGGCACCGCGUUAAAUGUGCCCAUCUGUCUUGUAAGCUUAGUGGAUGAAAGGAGGCAGUGGUUCCUGUCGAAUCGAGGCCUCGGUGAUACGCGAGAAACGGGCCGCGAGAUCGCCUUCUGCGCCCAUUCGAUCAUGCCCGACGCCACGACGCGCGUCCACAAAGAGAUCAUGGUUGUUAGGGAUGCGCUGGCCGACGACCGGUUCAAGGAUAGCGCUUUGGUGCAAGGAUGGCCGCACAUCCGGUUCUACGCCGGUGCGCCCUUGCUGAUCGGGGGCGAGGACGGCAUCAAAAGAGCUAUUGGUACUCUCUGUGUGAUUGACACGGCGAUAGAACAUGGAGGCACCGGCGCGAGGACGGAGGACGGCUGGGGCGUGCGCGAGAAGCAGAUUUUAUUGGAUUUCGGCGCUCUGCUGACGGGUGCCAUCGAAGCGCGGCAACAGGCGCGCAUGGCGAUGACGGUCGCUAAAACGGACUACAUCUCUUGCACCGCGCACGACAUCCGCACACCAGUAGCCUGCUUCCAGCUGUCGCUCGAGCUGCUAGCUGGUAGUCAGUUAACGGACGAACAACGAGAAUACGUCGAGCACGCCCAACAGUCGGUGGAAGUGAUGACCGAGACGGUGGAUAGGGCCAUCGAGACCGCACGAGCUCAAAGGGGCGCGAGACCCGCACAAGCUAGGCAAGAGUCCGUUUCCGUAAGGGCAUUACUAGGGAAGAUCGACUUCCUCACGAGAUCCCUCAGUAAAGAAAGACCGGAGUUACGCUUCAGUGUAGAUGAUAAUGUGCCCGAGUCGAUAGAAACGGACGGGACGUUAGUCUGGCGGAUCCUCAUGAACUAUGUUACGAAUGCCUUGAAGGCCGCCGUGAGGCCCGGGGCCGAGCAAGGGCGAGGUGUUGAUGUCCGAAUAUCUCGGGUGAGGGCCAACGCGACGGGCAUCUCACCCGCGCAGGACUGCGCCACACUCUUGUGUCGAGCGGGCGCGAUCGCCGCAGCGAAGCGCGGCGCUUUGGCGAAUGAAGAAAUCGCGACGGAUGUGGUCGGACUAGCUCCAACGGCACGACCAGAGGAAUGGUUAAAGAUCGAGGUCGAGGACAGCGGUCCCGGCGUCGAUGCCGCCCUGCGACAUCGCUUGUUCAAUGCGUUUGUCCAGGCCCAGGGCACGAAGGAGGGGACUGGUUUAGGAUUAUUUGCGGUCAAACAAUGCGCCUCGCUACUGUCAGGCGCGUGCGGCGCGAGAUUCAAGAACAACGAGCGACCAACCAAGAGGGCCAGGACGGGUAUGUUGGAGCCGAAGUUCGAUCAGGAAGAUUCAGGUGAAGGUACCGGUUCUAUUUUUUGGACGCUCGUACCUCUGCAGUUACCUAACAGUGAACCGGCCCAAAAAGUCGAGGAGGUGCCCGAGACUCCUGUGGAAGUCACUCGACAGUUAGAAACGGCGCCCAUCGUCGAGCAAGGUAGCAGAGGCCAGGCGUUGAUCGUCGAAGACUCCGCACCGAUCAGAAAGAUGCUGAAGAGAAUACUAGAAAGGGCAGGCUUCCGCGUCGAUGAAGCUGGAAAUGGGGAACAAGGUUUGGAUAUGCUUACGAGAAGUUCAUAUGAUGUCUGCAUCAUGGACUUCCUCAUGCCCAUCAUGGACGGCGUGACGUGCACGCGGAAGUACAGGGCCUGGGAAGCUGCUGCGAAGCGGAAGCGGACGGUCAUCGUCGGGUCGUCGGCGAAUGCCGACGAGACGGAGAUCAACUCGGCGCUGGGCGGGGGCUUCUUCGACGGCUUCAUCCCCAAGCCCGUCACGACCGCAACCCUGAAAGCGAAGCUCGACGAGUUGUAUGCCGCGCAGUGAUUAUGACGACGUUUUUGCUGAAUUCCCUCGGUCGCGACCGCCCCCGCUCGGACCCCUUGUUCAUUAAGAUAUACGCUAUGG